UCCACGUUAUUAAGGCUGUAGAGUGUGCGCGCGUCGCACCACGUCAUUGGGCUACAGGGCGGAGUUUUCGCCGCCCUGCGUCGCGGCGGCAGUCCGUUUCCGGCCGACGCGCGUUCCGAACGCUUACAUGGUAGAACACGCGCCCGACGACUGUUCUCAGUCGAGCGCCAUGCAAACGGUCACUCCGCAAGCUCACCGCGAGGACGAAGACCAACUCGCUGAUGAAUACGUACAAAACUUUGAAUUAGACCAUCUUGAAGACCAUCAAUUAGUUAAGCGGGAACCCUUAAGAUCUGGUUGGCACGAUCUUGUGGACGCUUUGCCUGCUUGCGCUCGCGCCUGCCGCCAGUGGCCUGAUGCCGGACCUUACCCACAACCUCACGUCGCCAUCGCGGUAGAUCCCAGCACACCUCCAGAGACGCCACCGGCGCCCAUUGGCCGCAGUCCGUGUCGAGCACCUCCGGUAGAUGACGUGUUAUGGUUGCCGCACAUGAGAGAACCUCUCGAUAUGCGGACCGUACCUUGUGGCAAUUUUGAAGAAUGGGACCGCCGCGAGUGGCGUGGUCAGGAGCAUCAUUUGCAGCAGAUGGCAGUACGCCCCGCUAGUUCGUGCUCCGCUCUUUCCCCGCGAACGGGUCCGCUGCCCUCCUACCAACCAUCAUCUUGUGGAGACGACCUAUUAAGUGAUGAUUUACUGAUGACACUUAGCGUGCGAGAGCUGAAUAAGCGCCUUCAUGGAUUUCCCAGAGAAGACGUGACGCGAUUGAAACAAAAGCGACGAACGUUAAAAAACAGAGGGUACGCCCAGAACUGUCGCAGUAAGCGUCUCCAGCAACGGCAGGAGCUAGAACUGACAAACCGGUCCCUUCAGGAUGAGUUGCACCGGCUACAGCUGCAGGUGGCAAGGAUGACGCACGAACGUGACGUGUUGAAGCAGAGGCUAGCACUGUUGGGUUGCGAGCACGCUGUACCGCAAGCGGGUCACGCACCACCCACACCACACUCCUCACCGGAAUUCUUCUCGGAGCUGUGACGGCAGGGCGCGGCGCCGCGGCCCACCGGGGCCUCCGCCGCCUGCGCCUGGCAGCGCUACUGACUUCAUUGCGGACUGCUCGUGCUUUUGUUAAGUUUGAAGUUGAUAAUCGGUUCCAGUUUUAUAGUUUUUUUAUUAAUGGUGAAACGACCUAGCCGACGGAUCGAUAGAGGUGGCUGUUACACCGUGUUAAAGAGAUGUAUGGUUGUGUCGUAAUUUAUGCAUAGCUUCGUUAAAAUAUAAAUUUAUGUAAUAUAAAUUAUCUGAUUGACUCGACAACCAAAUGGUCAGAUACGAGAUGAUUGUAAAUAGACAUUAUACCUACUUAAUAAUGAUAAACUAUCUAUAGGAAUUUCUGUUUUC